AUCACUAUUCUCACUCAUUUCUCCAUAUCUUUGUUUUUCAUUCCUCUCUAUUAUUAUCAUCAUCAUCACUUCAUCAUCAUUAUCAGAAUGGAUUCUUCCAAGAACACAGCAACUUCUACCCCAAACAACUCUCCCCCGGUUUCCCCUCCACACCCUCCCUCUGAACAUGAUAACACCCCCACUGAAACAAACCCUAUCCCUGAGGGUUCUUCUGAAAAUGUUAUCAUGAAAACAGCGGAAGAAGUUUGGGCUGACUUAACUGCGGGUGAUGAUGGAAAUGAAGGAGGUGAUGGUGGUAACAAAGACGGUGGAGCCCAAGAUGGUAGUGCUUCUAGGCCUGUGGCGAUCGCUGUUACUGCGGACGGAGCAAAUGUGCCUGUGAUGAGGAGUGGUGGUGCUGUUGGUGGUAGAACUAAGGGUUCGGGUUCGAAGAAAAGAAAAAGUAAUCAAGUGAAAGACCCUCCUCGAGGAACUCCUACUUGUCCAGAAUGCAAUAGACAGUUUGCGACAUGGAAGGCAGCGUUUGGACAUAUGAGAAAACAUCCCGAACGCCGACACCGUGGUUUUUUUCCGCCACCUACUUUUGAAUCACCACAAGUGCCUGCGGCUGCGGCUGAGGGUGAUGGUGGUAAUCAGGUCGAUGAUGAAGAAGUACAACAUGUUGUAAGAGGACUUGUGAUGGAUCUAAACCAAUCCCUUGGAGCGGAGGAAGGGUCUUCUGCUGGCGGCGACAGUGCUAGAAAAAGGAGGAACCAACCAGCCUCAUCUGAAGCAGCACUUGAACCACCACCGGGGUCCUCAGCCCCAUCAGAGAGUAGGAAUAGGAGAAAUGAACCGGCACCACCUGCAGUGGAUGAUGAACAAAAUGAGGAGGGAAGAAACAAAGGUUUUGAUUUGAACAAAUUACCUUCAUCUGAUGAUGAGGAAGAAAUCGGAGAGAAUUGAGUGAUGGUGCAAAGAUUGUUUAACUUUUUUGGUUUUAUAUUUCAAUAAUUUCAUCAUACAUACUAUGCACUUUGUUUGUAGUUUUGGUUUGUUGCUUUUGAUUGUUGUGCUUUCUGGAUUUUGAAUCUAUG